ACUUGCCUUUCUCUGUUCCAGUAAAUGCAUGGCCAAAUGCCAACUGCAUACCUAAAACCUGACUUGUUUCCUAGGAAUCGCUGCGGUUGCAGAGGUUGCCACAGUUGAAGAGGUGAUUAGCUUAUGCUAUUAAAACGUAGAGAUAGCUACAAGUUUUUGACUUUUGAAACUUUUGGACCGGCUCCACACAACAUAUUACCUAACUUAACUAGAAGUUACUUUCAAGGAGUAAGUUGUUUAUGAUUGUUUUCAUUCACUCUACUUUCACUUUGUGAGCGAAGGCACAGAGCAGAAAGGCUGAACUGACUUGUUUCUGCAGACAAAAUGAAUAAAACUCACUGUCCUCAACCGGAUAAGAAAUUUUUCGAACAUACAGUCCUGCCUACUCUUUACAUCUUGGUGUUUAUUGUUGGAUUGGUCCUGAAUGUGUGGGGAAUGAAGUCUUUGCUGCAUAACUGGAAGAAUCUUCGGCGUAUGAACAUUCUGGUUCUCAACCUGGGACUAGCAGACAUGUUGUACCUGCUGACUCUCCCCUUUCUCAUUGUGUACUACCUUCAAGGAAACAAAUGGAUCUUUGGAGAAGGAUUCUGCAAGGUAACAAGAUUCAGUUUCAACUUGAAUUUAUAUGGCAGCAUCGGGUUCCUCACCUGUAUAAGUGUCUACCGGUACCUGGCUGUUGUCCAUCCAAUGAGAUCAAUGGGGAAAUUAACUACGACUCACUCUGUGGUCGUCUCAGUCGUGGUUUGGAUUCUGGUGAGUGUUCAAAGCCUUCCAGACAUGUUCUACCAAAAAACAUAUCCAAACGGAUCAAAAUGCUUUGACACCACCUCUGAUGAACAUAUUAAGAGUUACCUGGAUUACAGCCUCACCUGGACAGUCUUUGGAUUCUGCAUCCCUUUCGCCAUCAUUGUGUGCUGCUAUGGACAUGUGACUGUUGUCGUCUGCCGCUCAAAUAAAAUGAAGAAGGACCGGAAAAAACGAUUCUUGAAGUUGAUGGUUUUUAUGAUUCUUCUCUUUUCAAUUUGUUAUGCACCCUACCAUGUUCUCAAGAACCUCAGUCUGUAUUCCAGAAUCAUGAGUACAGAGAAUCAAUGCCCUAAGUGGGACUCUGGAGUCUUUAUUGCCCGUCAGGCAAGUCGUGGUCUUGUGAGCCUGCACAAUGCUCUUAACCCUCUGGUUUACCUGCAUGUAAACGAGGAUAUGGGUGUCCAGUUCAGACAGCUGCUGCAGAGAUGUUCACAGAGUUUCAAUUGUUUGUCAGAGUCCAGGUCUGUACCGGUACCACAGACUGAGCAAGAAGCUGAAACUCCUCUAUGAUAGCAGGUGUGUUUUUUUGUUGUUGUUAAUCAUGUGAGGAGAUGACUUUUUUUGAUGCUCUGUUUGGUUUGUGUUGUUCCAACUGGUUGAUUCUAGAAAAUUCCUAAUUAACAAGUAAUGGAGGUAAACAUUUUAACUGUUGCUGUUGGAGUUAGGCCUGUCACCAUGACAACAUUUUGCUGGAUGGUAAAUUUUCCCAGAGGUUGUUCUGAUAAACGAUAACAUUUUUGUUUUGAGACAAUUUCCAAAUAAUAUAAUGGUAAUGACAUAAUAGUGCAAGAACACAUCCUCAAAGGUCAAUAAGCUUUAAAUUCUAAUGAACAUUUAACACUGGAACUGGAAGACAUUUUAAAAUUAUUAACCAAAGCAACAAAUAUAUUGAAUUAUGAAGUCUCUGUAAACAAAAUUGUCCUUAAAUUAAAGGGCUAGUUUAGACCAAAGUUGUCAUACAGUUUUGAUAUAAAAAGCGAGAGAAAAAAGGAAAAAUUGAAAUCAAGCAAAUAAAAAUGAACAAGCUUGUUUUCAUUUAUCAUGCGAUGAAUUGAUUUAUUGUUUAUUGAAGUAGAUCUAGUUCAAAUAACAGAUACUAAUAUACUAUGAAAAUGAUUAAUUGUGCAGUCUGUUGUUUUUAACCUUUUUUGAUUUAUUAUCUUCUUUGUUCAUAUUCACAUUUGGAAAAAAUUCUAAAUACCAUCGUUUGAAAAAGUAUUUGUCUGCUUGUAUAUUUCUUAUUUGUCACACUCAAAGGUUUAACAUUAAAGAUUGCAAUGAAAGGUUGUUUUUGACUUGAUGAAAACUGAUGUUUUCAAAUUAUAGUUUUAUUUACUAAAAUGAAAAAGUAAUAUAAACUGGUUUCCUGAUCAGUUAAUGAGUCUUAGAGACAUUUUUGUGCUUACAUGCAAAAUUAAAAAGGCUGUGAUAAAAAUACACAUUUCCUUUCUCUACUUUUAAGUAACCCCUCGAUAUCCCCACCACACCAUAAUGUCUUGGAUAAUAUAUUGUAGAUUCGGAGCAGAUUUCCACUAGAGGUCAUUAUAUAUAUUUUAAUAUGUAUUUUAUAUUUGAUAUUUUCUAUUUUAUAAUUGCAUUGUAUUUUAUGAUUGUG